CCCUCUCGCGGCUCGUAUCAAUUUAAUACCAAGUUUCCUUGUGUCCAACUACAUUCGCUCAAAGCCUCAACCUUGCGAUAAAGAACAGCUUCUUCACACAAGUUCUCGACACACUCGCUCGUCUUCCUUAAGGAACUUCGUCCGCCCCUUUUUCAACCUUUCCCAACAACAAACUCUACCAAAAAAAAAAAUAAAAAAAAAUGGCCUUCAAGCAGUUCGCCGUUGCCGCCCUCCUGGCUACCUCCGCCAUGGCCCAGAGCUCUGUUAUCUCGGGCACGGCCCUGUCCACUGUGGUCCCCGGCCUGUCUGCCACUGGUGUCGCCACCGGUGCCGCGACCACCUUUGUCACCUCCAGCGGAUCUGCUGCCACCGGCAGCGUCGGCGUCAGCGGUAUCUCCAACUCCACCACUACCGCCUCUUCAUCCAAGUCCACCUCGACCGCCACCUCUACGGACUCGAGCAGUGACAGCUCCACUGGCACCUCGACAGCCAGCGCUUCCUCCAGCACAAGCUCCGGCUCGGCCGCCUCCUCCAACUCUAUGAUGGGCGGUCUGUCGCUCGUCCUCGGUGUCGGUGCUGCCGUCGCCCUCUUCUAAAUACGAGGCUGAAGGGGAGAACCCUGACACAGAGAGAAAUGUGCACAUGAUGGGAAGGCUUUGGGAGGAAAUAACAUCCGGAUCAUCGCAUGUAUGAUGGAUUCGCCUCAUAGCAUGCUUAGGCGUUGGGGCAGGACUCACCACGGACAAAACACUCGAGAAGAGUGAGUCCACUUUGGAAAGGAUAAAUCAUUUUAAUUCCUGUGGCACUGGAUAAAAUCAACAGUGCACAUGGGCAUUGACAUUCAAUAUUACCAUUUAGUUAUAUCUUAAUGGACCACCUACUUUC